CCUUCUUUCAACGACUAGACAUCCAUCAACCUUCCCAUCUCAUCUCACCAUCGCCUCUCACUGUAAAAUGGCAGACAUCACGAUAACAGAGAGCGAGUUUAAACUCGCGGACGGAACCGUCCUCUACCAGAAGACCUGGUCGCCCGCUGCCCCCAAGGCCAAACUAGUACAUUUUCAUGGCUUCAGCGACCACAUCAACAGCUACAAUAACUUCUUUCCCUUACUAGCACGCCGUGGUAUCUACUGCACAGGUAUCGAUGAGCGUGGCUGGGGCCGAUCGGCCCCGAAAAAGUCCGACCGGGGAAACACAGGGCCUACCUCCUUGGUCCUGGCCGACAUGGCCGCCGUCAUCAAGGACCAGCAGACUAACGUCUUCCCUGAGCUCCCCUUGUUUAUCAAUGGUCACUCCAUGGGUGGUGGAUUGGUGGCUACUCUCGCCUCGACCAAGGAGUAUCAGCCGCUGGUGUCCUCACUCCGCGGAAUUAUGCUUUCGGCUCCGUUGAUGGGUCUCACUCCCGAACAGACUCCUAGCUGGAUCACGGUAUUCGUGGGCCGGCUGGCAGGCAAGCUUCUUCCCCGCUUCCAGCUCGUGGAGAAAAUGCGGGUAGAGACGCUGGUGCGCGAUCCGGCAGUGCAAAAGAGCCUUGCAGAGGACCCGUUGAACCAUGCCACCGGCACACUCGAGAUGUUUGCCAAUAUGCUGGACCGUAUGAUGGAGCUGGAUCAGGGCAAGUUGACCCUUGUUGAUGGAGUGCAGUCGGUCUUUCUCGCCCACGGAACUGGGGAUAACUGCACCAGUUAUGAUGCGAGUAAGAGAUGGUUUGAGCGCGAGACGGCUCGUUUCCCUGAAACGGCGAAGAUGCACAAGUCCUACGAUGGAUGGAGCCAUGUUUUGCAUGCCGAUCUGCCGGAGACUUACCCGAUUUAUGCGGAGGAUAUGGCUACCUGGAUCCUUGAAAAGUCUGAGGCUUAGCCACUCACUUCUUAGAAGAGGGAGCACAUGCCUCCAUACGCGGGGCGCUGCCAAUUGGCAAGUCUGAAGUGUCAGCUAGCAUCAUCGUUCGCACAAUUGUUGCAUCUGGCAUUACCGUUGGCCGAACUUUAUCAUCUCGGGUCUAUAGUAUAUAUUAUUUAGUACGUUUGGGUCGUGCAUUCUUUGGUUGAUCUUUUCUUCAUUUCGGGGUUAUGGUAUAUAUCAUGAUUUAAUGUUUUGGGCGAUGGAUCAACAGUGCAGCUCACCAAUUCAUGUCAUC